UGUAGGAAAAUGAUGGGAGUAGAGAAGUAAAGAAUUCUUGGAGUUUGCCUCUUAUAAAAAUGUGAGCCUUUGUGUCAAAAGAAAUCUGUGAUUCUAAUUUCCAGCUAUUCUUUUUGUAUAAGAAAAGAAGAUAAAGAUUACUACAACUUUACCAAUAUAAAGAAAUACUACUAUUGAUAGAAAUAUGCAGAGCUUCAAAUCAGCAUCUAUUUUGAGGCGUUUUCUGCAGAAUUCCCGUUUUGUUUCCCAGUCUAGAGGAUUUUGCAGUGUCAAUAGCAAUGCCCUUGUUGAUGAACCCGAAAAUACAGUGCUAGUGGAGGGGAAAGCUUUCUCAAGAACAGCAAUUCUUAACAGACCCCAUGUGUUAAAUGCCCUCAAUCAUUCAAUUGGGACAAGGUUGCUGAAGCUGUACAAGAAUUGGGAAGAUGAUCCUGAUAUUGGGUUCCUGGUAUUGAAGGGAAGUGACAGGGCAUUUUGUGCUGGUGGUGACAUUGUCACUCUUUAUAAUUUCUUAAAACAAGGGAAUCGUCAAGAUUGUAAAGACUUCUGUUGGACACUUUAUAACUUUAUAUACGUUCUUGGUACAUACUUGAAGCCACAUGUCGCUCUUUUGAAUGGAAUUACCAUGGGCGGUGGUGCUGGCAUCUCAAUUCCUGGAACAUUCCGUGUUGCAACUGAGAAAACUGUUUUUGCCACACCAGAAACAUUGAUUGGUUACCAUCCUGAUGCCGGGGCGUCAUUUUAUCUUUCACGCCUCCCUGGUUAUUUGGGAGAGUACCUGGCCCUAACUGGAGAUAAGAUCAGUGGAGCAGAAAUGAUUACUUGUGGGCUUGCUACACACUACUCACACAGUGCAAAGCUUCCCUUAAUUGAGGAACAACUUGGAAUGUUGAUGACUGAUGAUCCCUCAGUGAUUGAAAGAUCUCUUGAAAAUUGUGGAGAGAUUGUCCAUCCAGAUCCAGCAAGUGUACUUCACAGGAUUGAAACUCUUGAUAAAUGUUUCGGCCAUGACACAGUCGAAGAAAUUAUUGAUGCUUUGGAGAGUGAGGCAGCCAAGAAGCAAGAUGCAUGGUGUGUUGCAACAUUGAGAAAACUACAACAAACAUCCCCACUGAGCUUGAAGGUUUCACUGAGAUCUAUACGUGAAGGUAGACAUCAGACUCUUGACCAGUGCCUCAUUCGUGAGUAUCGAAUGUCAGUACAAGCUAUCUCUGGACAAAUAACUAAUGACUUCUGUGAGGGGGUUCGUGCACGGCUUGUGGAUAGAGAUCUUGCACCUAAGUGGGAUCCUCCAAGCUUGGAAAAGGUAACAGAUGACAUGGUAGAUCAGUACUUCUCUCGGUUAACAGCAUUUGAACCUGAACUGGAGCUACCUACGCAGCAGCGUGAAGCGUUUACAUAAUUUUUGGGUAGGGCAACUUACUCUACUUUGAAGCUAACAGAAGAAAAUAGAAAAAGGAGAGAGAAAAUAUGUGAAUAUCAUUUAUCUUUCUUUACAUACAGAAUAAAUAUUGAGCAGUUCGGUCUUGAUAUUGUUGCAUUUGCAAAUCUGAUCUUUCUUAUAGUGAAACUGACAAGGAGAUGCCUUGCCAAUCGCACUUUUCAUACA